AUGGCGGCGCAUCAGAUGGGCAAGUUUGUGCGACAAAAGAAUGGCCUGCCGGACGAUGCUCAGCGCUCUGCUGGCGCCAUCGACCAGAAUCAUGAUGAUCUGAAGAUUAAUCCCAAGCGGCCGAAGGGUGCUCACCCACACAAGGUGAAAGCGCCUAGGCAGGAUUCUUGCGAGCAUCCAGGACACGGCGGCCAGCCCUUCUACCAGGAUGACACCAGCCCUGGCGGGACUUCGACUACUGCGAGCGUGAUGGAACAGCAGCGCGGUGUGAAGCGAGAGCCACCUCAGGAUGAUGGUAAUCACCGCGCAGGGCAGCAGCCAGUGGGUGGCAACGAGAGCCAAAGCUCAGAAGGCGCCGAGGACGAGUACGAAGACGAGGAGGACCGCGAGAGCUCGGACGAGAAUCCCGUCGACGAUCCACUUCUGAACUACGGCCAUUCCCUUAAUGCACAGCAGUCUCAGAUCUAUGCCGAACUCGAUAGACGCGGCGCCGGUGAAGACUCACGAUUGCCAGAUGUCGGUCAUAUGAAAGGUGACUCAUACCCCACCACAUCUGGCGGGCAGUCAGCGGUCGAAGUCGGUCAUUACGACGGGCCUGAUGAGCGGUAUCAUGCCCAGAAGCCUUACCAUCGUAAUCAAUCUUCUCCGAAGCGCAAAGCCGGACACCAAGGCCACGACCACCGCGGCGCCGGCCCUACGGUCCAACCAAGACCAGAGCCUUCAGUGUCCACGACGGAAGCCCCUAGCUACCCUAGUAGCUUUGUUAGAAGGCCUGACCUACCUGUCGCUACCAAAAACUCGGCCCCUCCUGGAUUCAUGAGGGCCCCUGCGGGUCAAGGAAACCUCAAUUUCAAGCGUCAGGUUGUCCCGCACGCUGCCAACGGAGCUGGCGCGAAUCGGCCUACCGUUCCCGUAACCAACAACGCUGCUCAGGCGGCACCUGCUGGCAAGCCCGCGCCUGUGGUGGUCGAGGGUACGAAGACACGUUCCCAGGCUCCCGUUGAGAUGCCACAACACCUGAAGCCUCACAACUUGGAGAACCGCCCGACCUCGCGACCUGAUAGCCACAACUCAGCUGCCGAACAGGUGGAUGCGCGCACCGCUGGUAAGCCGGGAAUCAACAAUGCUGGUGCACGAAAUCAUGAAGAGUACUCGUCCUCCGCCGCAUCCUCACCUCCAGAUGAUUCAGCACAUCUGGGCGACCAGCUCGAUUAUGAGCCUCAAGACCUAUACCGCAUGGGCUUUGGAGAACUCAAAGAUCAAUCUUUCGACUUCGACCCAAGCGCGGCAGAGCUUGGGCUCCCAGAAGUGCACCCGAGCAGCACCAUCGAGGAAAAGGUCGCCGCCGUCAUGGCGCUCCAACAGCAGACUCAGGCAGACUUCUUCGCGAGUCUGUCACUGGGAGAAUGGGAGCAAGCCGGCGAUUGGUUCUUGGGGCGCUUUGGUGAGGUUCUUUCCAAGAUGAAGGGCGCUCGACAGGAGAAGCGCAGCGCAGCGCAGACGUUCGAAGGAGAGAUCAGUGCUCGCUAUCAAGCGGUCGAGAAGAAGCGCGAGUGGUGCGAGGGUACUCACGCCGAAGAGAACGAGGAAUCAGUGAGGUCGAACGGCGGAGUGGAUGUGAAGGAGGGAGUUCUGCGCUAG